AUGCGUGUGAAUUUCAAAUUGUGCACCUUAACCAUACUGGUGGCUGCAGUAGCAGCUGUGCAUGCAAUAGAAACGGAUAACACGACUGGGCGCAGCACAUUGUUGGAUAAUGGGUUGUCUCGCACCCUUAAGCACAUAUACACACAUUGCGCUGAAAGCGAUGACAUAUUUUGGUGCCUCAAAUUGCAAGGUACCAAACUGCUUGGUCGAGCACUGAAAGUGCAAAAUAUCAAGAUAAUUGAUGGAAUUUCCAUUGUGCGGAAAACGGAUAACACGACACGUAUUGGACGUGCCACAGAAUUGAAUUUGAGUAAUCGAGAUUUGGAGCACUUGUCAGCGAAAAGCUUGGAUGCUUUGUUGUUCGAAAGAUUCAUUAAUUUUGUACAGAGCCGGCAGGUACAAGUAAGUUUUCCGCGUUUGCUUACUCUGGGGCAACACAAUAGUCAAGACUUAGUGACAGGUCUGUUAAAUUUGCUAGCACCGUUCAUGGACAAUGAAGUCGUCGAAGGACGUAAGAAGAAGGAUAGAAAAUAUUUGGGUCCAUUCAUUGCCGCUGUUAUGCUUAAAGCAGCCAUAUUGAAAAUGGCCUAUCAUUCAAUUGCAAUUGUGGCAGGAAAGGCGUUGAUUGUGGGUAAAAUAGCACUCAUCAUUAGUGCUAUUAUUGGCCUGAAGAAGCUAGUCUCCAAUGAAAGUGAGAAGACCACAUAUGAAAUUGUGAAACAUCCGCAGGUACAGCAAUCGCACACGUACUCCUCCAGUCAUGCAGGCGAGUAUGAGAGCGGACACGAAAGCGGUUCAUAUCAUCGCAGUAUAAGUGACGCGGCUGCUGCACAGGACAAGGCGUAUCAAGCUUGGGUACCCACAAAAACGUCAUAA